AUGACGACAAACAAGCCUUUCGACGCCCCGCUCGCAUCGACGCUCCUCCCCUCGCUCGUCAAACUCUCCCAACUCGCUGCCGACGCUUCAUCAGUCGGCGCUUCGAAUGGCGAGGCAGGGGACGCAGCGGGCGAGACGGACGGUGCGAGGAGCGCAAAGGUCGAGAUCAGCAAGCAGGCCGCCUCGCUCCGUACGAAACUUGCUACUCUUUCGGCUCAAGCUGCGGCGCUUCCUGCGGGCGACUUGAGUCUCGACGACCAGGCGUGGCUGAUUGGCGAGCUGGAGAGAGAGGUCGAGCGGAAGAGGGAGGAGCUGCACAAGAUGGCGCUGUUGACGGCGCUGUCGGCUGAAAAGGGCAAGGAAACGAUGGAUACGGCGCCGUGA